AUGGAACUCAACCGAGAACAUUUUCGCGCCAUAAUUUAUUACAACUUUCAGAGACAACUACCACAACAAGAAUGCCUUGCUGAGUUACUGUCUGUUUUCGGCAACGGAGCGCCACAUCAGUCGACAAUUUCCCGUUGUCUUAGCGACGAUUCCAGGGUGGGUGCAUCAAAAACGGCAGUCACCCAGGAAAACGUCGAUGCUAUAGACAUAAAAUUAGUUCCUCGUUGGAUACCCUACCUGUUGGCUGAAGAGCAGAAAGCAGCCAGGGUUAAUUGCAUUGUUAGUGGUGAUGAAUCGUGGAUUUACUGUUAUGAACCAGAAAAUAAACGACAGUCGGCUGUUUGGGUGUUCCAAGGUGAAGAAAAGCCAACAAAAGUCAUCCGUUCUCGAAGUGUUUCGAAAAAGAUGGUCGCGACAUUUGUGUCAAAAGCGGGUCAUAUUCCAACAAUUCCUCUUAAUGAGCAAAGAACUGUUACUGCGGAUUGGUAUACCACCAUUUGUCUACCAAAAGUCAUCACCGAGCUUCGAAAAAUCAACCCCGAAAGAAGAAUCAUCCUCCACCAAGGCAGUGCAAGCUCGCACACAGCCCAAAAAACAAUUCAUCCCGAUCUAAGUCCUAAAGAUUUAUUUACUUUCCUGAAAAUUAAAAACAGACUUCGUGGUCAAAGGUUCCAGUCACCAGAAGAAGCAGUUGACGCAUUCAAAAAUGCCGUUUUAGAUCUGCCAGCAAACGAGUGGAAUAAGUGCUUCGAAAAUUGGUUCGAGCGCAUGCAGAUGUAUGUUAAUCUUCGUGAAGAAUACUUCGAAAACAAUAAAGUCAUUUAA